AUGCGGAUUUUUGAGGAGCUCCGCCGCAGGCGCGGCGUGGGUGGCGGCAGCAGCGACAGCGGCGGCGGCGGCGACGGGGGAAGCAGCGGCAGUGGGAGGAGGAGCAGCGGCGGCGGCGACAAUGGGGGAAGCAGCAGCAGCGGCGGCGGCACGAGCAGCGGCGAGCGUGGCGGCAGCGACGGCGGGCGGCGGCGCGGCGCGGCCGCGGCGCCGGGCCGAGGGGAUGACCGUCGGCGGCACGGGGCGGGGCGCGUGUUCGUUGAUGACGACGCUGGCUGCAGCAGCGGCGGCAGCAGCAGCAGCAGCGGGGACGAGCGUAGCAGCGAGGAGAACGGCUCCGGCCCCGCAACGCCCACCAGCACCAGCAUCGGGGACGGGCGCAACCGGCGCCCGGCGGAGGCGCUGCAAGCCAGCGGCGGCAGCGAGGGCGACAGCCCCGCGCCUGCGCGCGGCGGCAGCCCCGGGGAGGAUGGCGACGGCGUCGCGCCGCGCCGGCGGCGGCGCAGCUCCGCGGCGGCGGCGCGUCAGCGCGUCAUACUGGACUCUGAGCCGCAGGAGGGGCCGGAGCCGCCGCCGCUGACGUCAUCCGCCGUCAUCGCACACGCCGCCGCGGCCGACCCUGAGGGGGCGACCGCCCCGGGGGCUGCCGCCGGGGCUGCGCGGGCCGAGAAGCGCACGGCCGGAGAGGGCGACGAGGAUGGGGAGGGGCGAGGCGCCGCAAACCAGGGGCCUGAGCGGCGGCAAAAAGCACCGCCAGAGGCCAAGGGCGGCGGCGGCGGCAGCGGCGGCGGCGGCGUCCUGGGAGAGUUACAGGGGCUUGGGCCUGGGGACCCGGCCGGCGGCGGCCAGGGGGCCGGCGGGGCGCGCGGCGAGGCGGCCGGCGGGCGCAGCAGCAGCAGCGACGGCGGGGGCGGGGGCGGGAGCGGGUCAGACGGGUUCGAGGGUCGCCCCGCGGGGGAGACGGUGGAGACGACUCGAAGGGAGCUUGAGGCGCAGAUCGCCGAGCUGGCGCGCCGCAGGGCGGCCGCGGCGGAGCGCGGCGACCGCGCGGCGGCCGCGGGGCUGGGCGCGGGCAUGCGGGGCCUCAAGGAGCGGCUGAGCCUGCUGCCCUUCUCAUAUGACAACACGAACCGCGGCACGACCAACGCCGCGCGAUUCGUGCCCGCCACCCGCAAGCGCCGCGCGCUGCCGCCCGAGCGCCUGUCGCCCGGGAAGCUGUUGGAGCAGCAGCUGCUGUUCAGGCAGCUGGAGCGCAACCACCGGCCGCGGCACCAGCAGCCCGCCGCUGGCGGCGGCGCAGCCAGCGGGGCGGAAGGGGCCGGGCGGCGCCGCGACCAGCUGGCGGCGCCUCAGCGUGCGGGGGCUAGCGGCGCCGCAACCGCGCGCGUCGCGGGCGAGGGGGGAACCAGCAGCAGCAGCAGUGAUGGCGGCGACGAUGAUGACGAUGAGAUACCCCUGGCCCGGCAGCAGCAGCAGCAGCAGCAGCAGCAGCAGCAGCAGCAGCAGCAGCAGCAGCAGCAGCAGCGGCAGCAACAACAGCAGCAACAACAGAGACACGAGCAGCACGUGGAGGAGGCGGUCUUGGAGCAGCAGCAGCAAGUGGCGUCAGCAUGCCCGCCCUCAUUCCAGGGGGCUGAUGAUGUGAUUCCAGACAGCGAGGAGGAAGACGACUGA